UUAUUUCAAAUGAGUCAAAUUAUCUACGUAUGACUUUCAAAUCACCACGUUAAAUUCUUAAAUGCUGCUAUUUUUCAGUGAUUUUCAAAUACUCGAAUUUUUUAUUGAAAUUUUAAUCCUUUAAAUUUCGUUUCUAUGGCUAAUGCACUUGCAAAAACUCAUCAAAUACCUCAACUUACGUCACAUAUCGGUAAAACCAUGCUGUAAAUUAUUCGAAACUUAUUCGUAAAAUUGGCUUUCGCGAUGAAUAUCUAUUGCGUACUUUUACACAUCGCGAGCGCAUCAGCUAUAUUUUGGCGAGAACCUGCCGGAGACUACUCAAAAUUCGAUGCCACCUCAACCUUCAUCGAUAAAACCCUCCUGAUAGAGAAGUUCUUCCGCCAACCUUGCAAAUACCAAGUGAUCACAAGUCCUCCAGGAUUUGGUAAGACGACCAAUGCUUACAUGCUAAGACGUUUCGUUCAAAUCGAGGUCGACGAAUCGGGCCAAGUUAAAAAUAAAACCGAUACAUCGAGUUAUAAAAUAUUCACCGAUAAAAGACUGCAAAUUUCCAACCACCCUGAUAUCAUUCAAGAGCAUUUGGCCGAAUACCCCGUAAUUCAUUUCGAUUACAGCCAUGUAACGAAGGAAAACAGCUACAAGACCGAACGUGGUUUGAUGAAUAAAAUAUCCAAAACGUUCAAACGAUAUAAAUGGCUUUACACCAUUCUGCAAAAACGAUACGCUCAACGAAGAGAUGAACGAGAGACUGAUCUUCACAGAAAAGUACUCGCAAUGGGUAAAUUGAUCAGCGAAAGUCAGCAUAUCUAUAUCCAUGGAAUGCUUUACGCGUUAUGCCAAUUGGCUGAACUGGUUCACGAAUAUUUCCAAAAGAAAGUUUUCCUCAUCGUAGACGAUUACGAUUCAUUGUGGUACGAUGGUCUACGCCAUAAUGACCCUUUUCAAAUGGGAUACGCUGAUUGGUUACACGAUUUGAUUAAUUUGAUGUUCACUCCACAAUUCAGCAAAUACAUCGCUUACGUUUUCAUCACCGGUACUCAUACGAUCAGCUUGAAAAGCGAAGACUUUGUAUACAAUCGUUUCCUAGAUGCUCACCCAUUCGUCAAUUAUUACGGAUUUACCAAAGAAGAAGUGUCUCGUUUACUCGACCGACGUCACGUUCCUCAAACCGAAAUGCAGCAAUUACAAAAUCUCUACAACGGUUACACCACCAAAUCCACAAAACUGCAAAUAUUUCAGCCAUCUUUAAUCAUAGAAUACCUAAUUCCCACCGUCCAACCGUCCGAACCUACCACGUUGAGUGCUACUGAAAAGAAAAUGACCCUGAAACCGUGGAUCGAUGGAGACUCGAUGACUCUUUUGAAAAUUGCUCUGGUCAAUAAAGAAAUAAACGAAGAGAUCAAGAAAUUGGCAGCUAGUGGGAAUACAACUUUCAAAAUGAGACCAAAAAUCAACGAACAAGAAUUGCAAGCGUUAAGUUACAAUAUAAGGGACAUAGCCGCAGCCAAAAAGGUUUUAAAACCUCAAGAUCAAAUUGAAACUUUGACUGUGGAUUGGUUCUUCACGUUACUCUUCGAAAAUGGAUAUUUCACGUACACAGACGAGCAGGAUUUUUAUAAGGUGCCAAAUGAAAGAAAAAUGAACUCGUUGAAGGCUUUUUCGAUUACUACGGUUUGAAUAAAAUGAAUUUCUAUCGAA